AUGGGCCGAAAACCCAAAACUUCCAAGAUCAAUGACACGCUUCGCUCUCUCUUGUCUGAAAAUGCACAUCCUUCUGCAAAAUUUGCACAAGGUUCUAGUGAAAACAUAAAUCAAACAAAGGAAUUACAUUCUCAACGUAUGAGUUCUCCACCAAUGCAUCUGAAUCAAUCAGUGGCCGAUGUGGAGGUAAAUCUUGUGAGAACAGCGCCACAUGGACAAGUCAACCAGGUAGGUAAACAUCGAAAGAAGUAUGCUACACUCUCAAGAAAAAGGUUCAAAAACCACGGUGCUUCUGUGAGGCGGUCAGAACGCAUUAAAAGCGGGGUUGCCAAGUCUCCCAACCCAAAUCAAGGUGCUGAAUGCAUUGUAGACGUAACUGUUAGCGACAGUGACGUAGAUGAACUAGAAACUCAAGCUGAGCAAGUGUUACCACGGCCAAAGUCAACAGUUACUCAAAUUGAGCUAGUGCAAGUAUUGCCACCGCAAAAUACUCAAGUUGAGCGUGUUUUACCGCAGCCAAAUGCUCAAACUGAACAAGCAUUGCCAGAGUCUCAGCCUCCUGAAAAUUUAAGUGAAAAAGGCUUGGAUGAAAAAGUUGAAUUUGCCUUACAUGAAAUAAAAGCUUUGUAUAAGAUCAUAGAGUUGUUGAAAUCCAAGGUCGAUGGAAAUGUGAACUUAUGUGAAGCCCCGUCAACAGCAUCUAUCAGUUACCGGUCUAUGUACAUUGAUUCACAGAAGAAGCUUGAAGCUUUAUCAAAGGAAAAUCAACAACUAAAAGGAGAACUGGAAAAUGCUCUAGGAAAAGUUGAAAUGUGUGAAAAAGAGAAUGGUGUUUUAAGUGAACUAUUGGACAAAAUGAAGGAUACUGUUAAUCAACAGCUUUCAAAUGUGGCAAAAACCACUGAAGCUGCAGUUUUUGCAUCGACUCAAGAAAUCGACAAUGCGUAUUCAGCUUCUGCAGCUAAAAGAAAGAGAAAUGAAAGCUGA